AUGUCUGACUCCAAUCCCACCGAGCCACGCAAAUGCCAGAGCUGCAAAAAGGCAGAAUCCGAAAGUGCUCCCUUGAGGAACUGCUCCCGCUGCAAAUCGGCCGUCUACUGCUCCCGCGAUUGCCAGAAAGCCGACUGGAAAACUCACAAGAAAGUCUGCGCCAGCAAUGCUCAGGCAAACACAGACUCCGGCAGCCAGGCCGCGACUGACACCAACGCCACCCAAUCCAGCAAAGCCCUAGAGAUCGACUUCCUGAAGCCGUUUCAUCGCCUCCACGCAAAGACCUGGCUCCAUGACCGCACCGAAAAGGAUACCUACAAGUUACUAAUCGACACCUAUCGUCUCCGGCUAGACGACGACUACACGUUCACCGGGGAUAUUGACGCGGAUAGCAUCUAUGGCGGGGCGACUGAUGGCGGACGCGCUGGCUUCCGCCGCUUCCUGAAGCGCGUUGAACGCAAACCCGAUCUCCUUCCGAGGUGGUGGACCCCAGCCAAAGCGGAGGAAUGCGUCCGGUACGGCACGGAUUCCGCAAACUGGAGCGAUCUUGGAUAUGCGGUGGAGAAGCACGACGUUGUCGAGCAUUACGGAAACCAUUUGAUGCCGAUGCAGCUGCGCAUGUUUGGCGAGCAGGUGCUUGGAACUGGACCCGGUGGGCAGAAAGGGGCUGCUAUGAUGAAGAUGCAGAUGGACAUCGAGGGCGGAAGCGGCAUUGUCUCCUCUCACCUGGACUUCCGCGACCUUUUAAGAAAUUGA